UUGACAACUCGGCAACCAAUCAGAGUCCAGGACCAGGGAUUUAGGGCGGGAGAUCCACCGAGAGCAAGCGGUUUCGCGCUAGCGUGUCUGGAGCAGAUGGAGGUGCCUUGGUUAGAGAUGAGCCAUCUCUGAUGAACAAGAGUUCAGAUUUGUGUAAGAAGAAAAACCUUUGAUUCUUCUACAACCUCUGGGUCUCUUUUUGGGAAUCUGUUCUCUUUGUGGAGCUGAGAUUACUCUUAGCAGAUAUAUUCACUGAAAGGUCUUAAUCUCUUCUUAAAAGUCUCUGAAGGAUCUGCAGCAGGAUUUUUUUUCUUCUUUCCAAACAUUCCUCAUCUCAGUGGUCGGAAUCAUGGGGGCUACCGGGUAUGGCUAUUACCGCUCUGUCAUUUUCACCUCAAUGUUUUUGGGAUACUUGCUGUACUACUUCAAUCGAAAGACAUUCUCCUUUUUGAUGCCAUCAGUAAUGGAGGAGAUUGAGCUAGAUAAGGAGGAACUUGGUCUGAUCACAAGCAGUCAGACUCUGGCAUAUGCCAUCAGUAAGUUCAUCAGUGGUGUGCUGUCAGAUCAGAUCAGUGCCCGCUGGCUCUUUUCCUCUGGCCUCCUCAUUGUCGGGGCCAUCAACGUGCUCUUCUCUCAGUCGUCUUCGCUCACGGCCUUCACUUUACUCUGGUUUCUGAAUGGCCUCGGCCAAGGAUUCGGCUGGCCACCAUGUGGCAAAGUGCUGCGCAAGUGGUUCGAGCCGUCCCAGUUUGGCACUUGGUGGGCUGUUCUGUGCUGCAGCAUGAACCUGGCUGGCAGUGUGGGUCCCAUUAUCACCACACUGCUGGCUCUGUACUACAGCUGGAGGAGCAUCAUCUGUGCCUCCGGGGUGAUCUGCAUGGCCUUUGCUUUCAUCUGCCUGCUGAUGGUGAAGAACGAGCCCAAAGACGUGGGUCUGCCCAGCAUCCAGCAGAGCACGAAGAAGGGCAAAGGCAAAAAAGGAACCCUGAAUGAUGACAGCACAUUAAAAGAGUUCCUGCUCUCUCCAUACCUGUGGGUUUUGUCCUUCGGGUACCUGGUGGUGUUCGGGGUGAAGAUCGCCUGCACCGACUGGGGUCAGCUGUUUCUCAUGCAGGAGAAAGGCCAGUCAGCCAUGAUGGGCAGUUCGUACAUGAGUGCCCUGGAGGUUGGCGGUUUUGCUGGUAGCAUUGCAGCAGGCUUCAUCUCUGACAGAGCUGUUGCUCGGCAUGGACUGGGUACACAUGGCAACCCCCGACACACACUCCUCUUAAUCAUGAUGGCGGGCAUGGCCUUGUCUAUGUAUCUCUUCCGGGUCACCAUCACCCCGGAUGUACCAGAAGAGGCUCCACUGUGGGUUAUUGUUCUCCAUCCAAUGUCAGUCCUCACCGGGUUGUCUGAGAAAGAGCUCUGGAUAUUAAUUCUCGGAGCUGCUUUUGGAUUCUCGUCGUAUGGCCCAAUCGCACUGUUUGGGGUGAUCGCUAGCGAGAGUGCUCCCUCGAACUUCUGCGGGACAUCACACGCCAUCGUAGCUCUUAUGGCAAACGUUGGUGCGUUUCUUGCCGGCCUGCCAUUCAGCACCAUCGCCAAGCGCUACAGCUGGGACACAGCAUUCUGGGUAGCAGAGGUGACCUGCGCCCUGACCACUGUUUGGUUCUUCAUGUUGCGCAACAUGCGCACGAAGAUGGGACGAGUGGACGAAAAGAAAGACUGACCCACAAACACACACUGAACCCAACACACUACUAAAACCCUACCAAUGUGAAAUCACUGAGCCACAGCCACAUAAUCAACCAAGUAUCAUCUCUGCUCAGAAAAAAACUCUCCACUUAACCUAUUUGUUGUGUUAGUUCUAAGUUUAUCCAAGUUCUACAAUUAAGUUCUUCUGUAGCAACUGGAACAUCAUGGGUUGUCCAGAGAGUCACGUUCCAGACGCAGAACUCUGAGCCUCAGAUUUGUACUCUGUGGAUUGGAGUUUGCUGCACUUUGGAUUAAAGGGUGUGCUGAAAAAACAUCCAUCCACUGAGUGACUUUACUGCACUACAUUGUGUUUGUGUGCGUGUGGCAGUGAGUGUUUACAAAAGCAAUAAGUGGUAAGCGGUAAGUGAGGUAAAAAAUUAAUUUACAAGA